AUGGUGACAUCGAUAUUACCCAAAAAACGAAAUCGGACCUUGCCCGUCACGACUUUUCUCAUUUCAACUGUAUUACUCUCCAUCGUCCUUCCUUCUCUCGCAAAUGCAUCAGCUACACCGCUAGUAGGCUCUCAUGCUUUGUUAGGAAGACAUGAAGGUCAUGAUGAUGAUGAUGUGAUGGAUAUGGAUAUGGACAUGGGAAUUAUGCAUGGCGACGAUGGUGAAGGUUCGGUUGACGAGGAAGAAGAGCAUACGCAUGCUGUUGUAACAUCUACAAGCGACAUUGCCGAUUCAUCCCCUUCGUCAUCAUCUGCUGUGACUUCCACUGCCACUGACACCCCCUCACAUUCACAUUCGGAUCAUCCACCAUCACCUCACGAUCACGGAUCUCACACGGCCCCAAAGGAGAAACUAGAUGAUGAAUCUGUACAUAGGUGGCAUCAUUUCCCACCCACUUACCUCGAUGCCGAUUUCAGGUUAGACAACGAUACUGCCAUCUUCGGUGAAGAAUUUGACGAAACUUGGGAUCCUCAGGAAGUAUCAUCUCAUAAAGGUCUGAUGGCAAUUCAUGCUUUGUUGUAUUAUGGUGCUUAUUUCGGUCUGUUACCUAUCUCACUUGCCUUAAGGGCUGCCGAUCACCCUUCGCAUUAUUUCGCCAAUGCUAUAUUCCUCGUUGUAGCUGUUUUAGGAUGGUUGGCUGGUAAAGCAUAUAAAGCAGGUCAUGAGAAUAGAUAUGAGGGUGCCGUACAUGAACUUCUCUCGAAUAUCCUUUUACUCGUAUCGGUCGGUCUGACCUUUAUCGACUCGCUCGAGAUAAUCAAGAGGUGCAUGAAGUUUUACAAACAGCAUGAUCGAUCUUGGUCGGCUUUCGUACAUGAAGUAUUAUCCUCACAUAGCAAAAUCGAAGAAUCAUGGCCUGCAAACAGGUACGAGAUGGUUGGAUUAGUAGGUGACGAACAUGAUGAAGAUCAGGAGGUUAAUCAAGUUGUUUUCGCUGUUGGUGAUGACGACGAAGAUGACGAAAUCCACCACCACAGGGUUCAUCAUGAACCAGAUGAAAUUGAAAAUCUACCUACAAGAACAUUGGGUAAUUCCGGUAAACCUCGAAGACCCUCUUUACUCAUCAGACAAUGGACACCUCCAUCACGAAAUUCUACUGGAUCAGAGGGGACUCUCCAUGAUACACCCGGUGCAUCAUCUUCCAACAACUCUUUCAUCACACAAAAAUCGAAAGUCCUCAAUACUGCUGGUGCAUAUGACGCUCAUGCAGAAGACCACCAUGAACAUGAACAUGGUGAUGAACACGAUGAGGAACAUCACGUACAGCCUAUCUGGUCAAGAGAGAAAUCAACGGGCGUUAAAAGAGCUGCAGAAAUCGUCUUGACGUGGGUUAGGAGAAGUCAGAUCAUCUUUGCUUAUGUGGUGUUUUUGACCGAAUUCGUUGAAUAUACUGGCAUGUGUCGAGCUGGUUUGAUCAAUUCCUGUGCUGCUCAUUAUAUUAAAGGAUCCAUCUUCUUCUGGUACGGUGUCCUCACUUUCGCUCGAUAUCUCGGUGCAUACGCAGAUUUAGGUUGGGCGUGGAACAAACGACCAGGAGGUGUAGGAGUAUCAGCGGAAAUGAUUGAAUGUGCAGUCAUCUUCACCUACGGAAUCACCAACACUUGGAUGGAGAGAUUCGGAUCAAACCCUGAUGAUCCUUAUACCGUCAAGCAGGUUCAGCAUAUCUCCAUCGCUGUCAUGUUCUGGUUCGCCGGCCUUUCUGGUAUCUUACUUGAAUCUCGAUGGGUACGGAAAGUGAUGGGAUCGUUCAUUUCCGGAGGAAGAAGGGACGUACAUGAACCACCAACUUAUGCUUUCAGCUACAAUCCAUUGCCUGCUUUGGUCAUUGGAGUAACUGGUCUAGCUAUGGCAGCCCAUCACCAAGAAUACGUAUUCCAAGUAUCUAUCCAUUCCCUCUGGGGCACCCUCCUAGCUGGUGGAUCGUUAUUCAGGUUCUUGACAUAUUUCUUCUUAUUCCUCCGACCACCUGUGGAAUCGACCCUACCUUCCAGACCACCUACCGAGGUACUCACCUCUUUCGGCUAUGCGGCUGGAGGAAUCGUUUUCAUGUUGAGUAACGAGGAGAUAGCUUGGGCUGCGAUGAGAGCCGGCUGGGACGAUAUGAUGGCUUUCCUCAAUUUCACAAUUGCCCUCACGUGCUUGGUCUUUUGCUGGAGCGUCGUGGUGAUGGCUCUGAAAGGAUGGGCGGGGUUGAGGAUGACAAGGAAGAGGAAUAAUAUUGCUAUAGCUUAG